CUCAGGGUUCAGUUCAGUCAGAUGUGCACGCGUAGUGGACAUAGAGAGCGCGCGCACCGCAUCAAACCGCUCACGCACUCAGGGGCUUUUUUCCUUUUUUUUUUCUUAACACAGAGUGUGCGUGUGUAUUUUUAUUAGACUUUAUAAUUUUUUUAUUAUUAUUAUUUCUUUGCAAUUAUGCGUGUUGAUGCGCGUGCGUGCCUCCGUACCGAGAGAGAGCGUGUGUGCGAAGAGCUCGAGCACUUAUUAUCCUGACCCAGUCCCUCGCGCGCACACACACGCACACACACACUGGACCGCAGGAGUGACGAUUUGAGAAACGGAUAACUCAUACGUACUCACUCACGCACAGGGUCCCAGAAUCUUUUUUUUUCCUGGCCCACGGACCACGGGACAGAGCGCGCGCGACAGGGAACAGUGGAGACGCGAUUCCUGGGAUGAGCUCCAAGCGCCAGAGCGCUCCGGGAUUUUUUUCUUUUUUUGGGUUGCUGGAUUGAAUGCAUGAGAAAAGAAGCCCCCAGCGCGCACACAGGAGUCCAAAACCGGUGCUCUGGGCAUUGUCACGGGUUCAUUUUAUAUAUUUUUUUCCAGUGGGAAUUAAUUCAUUCUAAGCCGCGCGCACGCGCUGCCGCCUGUACGAACUCGGACAGAUUGUAACUCUGUAGAACUCAUUUUAACUCCUUUGCACGCGCCUUCUGGAUUACAGGAGAAUUCCACAUUGAUCUGAUUUUAUAGAUUUUUUUUUUGCCCCGGUUUAUGGAGAUUCUGUCCCGGACUAAAGCUGCAGGACUGUAGGCUCGGUUUGGCUCGGCUUGGUUCGGUUCGGUUCGGCUGUUCCCCGCUCUGCUCUUCUCCGCGCUUCCUAAAUGGAUUAUUGGUUGAUAUUGUGCGGCUUUUUGCUGCGCGUGACUUACGCCGUGGAAGAAACAUUAAUGGACACCAAAUGGGCCACAACAGAGCUGGCAUGGACCUCACAUCCUGAGACAGGGUGGGAGGAAGUGAGCGGCUACGAUGACGCCAUGAACCCAAUCAGGACGUACCAGGUGUGCAACGUUCGCGAGCUGAACCAGAACAACUGGCUGCGCAGCGACUUUAUUCCACGGAAGGACGUGCUGCGCGUCUAUGUAGAGAUGAAGUUCACCGUGCGGGACUGUAACAGCAUCCCCAACAUUCCUGGUUCCUGCAAAGAAACAUUUAACCUAUUCUACUAUGAGUCCGACUCCGACUCGGCCACCUCCACCAGCCCCUUCUGGAUGGAGAACCCGUACAUCAAAGUGGACACCAUUGCUCCGGAUGAGAGCUUCUCCGAACUGGAGUCGGGACGCGUCAACACCAAGAUCCGCAGCUUUGGGCCUUUGUCCAAGAGUGGAUUCUAUUUGGCGUUUCAGGAUCUGGGAGCUUGCAUGUCGCUCAUCUCUGUAAGGGUGUUUUAUAAAAAGUGUUCCACCACCAUUGCACACUUUGCGGUGUUCCCCGAGACGGCAACGGGAGCCGAGGCGACGUCUCUAGUAAUUGCCCCAGGGACAUGUGUCCCCAAUGCUGUGGAGCUAUCUGUCCCCCUAAGGCUGUACUGUAAUGGUGAUGGGGAAUGGAUGGUUCCUGUCGGUUCCUGCACCUGCAUGGCUGGAUUUGAACCCGCCACUAAAGACACGCAGUGUCAAGCAUGCAGUCCUGGUUUGUUUAAGUGGAAGCAGGGUGAAAGCUCGUGUACCCCGUGUCCACUGAACAGUCGCUCAAUUUCUUCUGCGUCGUCCAGCUGCAGCUGCAGAAACGGAUUUUACAGAGCCGACAGUGACACACCUGACACCGCCUGUACCAGUGUGCCGUCUGCUCCUCGGAACGUGAUCUCGAACGUGAACGAGACGUCUCUGGUGUUGGAGUGGAGCGAGCCAAAGGAAAUGGGAGGCCGUGACGAUCUCCUCUACAACAUCAUCUGUAAGAAGUGCUUGGCGGAGCUCGGCGCGUGUACACGUUGCGAUGAUAACGUGGACAUGUCGCCGCGGCACCUGGGACUCACGGAGCGGCGUGUGGCAAUCAGCAACCUGCAGGCGCAUACACAGUACAGCUUCGAGAUCCAGGCGGUCAACGGAGUGUCCAAUAAGAGCCCGUAUCCACCGCAGUACACCUCCGUCAACAUCACCACCAACCAAGCUGCUCCAUCUGCAGUUCCCACGGUACACCUAAUGGGGGCAUCAGCAAGCACCAUGAGCCUUUCAUGGCUUCCACCCGAAAAACCGAACGGAAUCAUUUUGGAUUAUGAAAUUAAGUAUCAUGAGAAGGACCAAGGAGAAGCGAUCUCACACACGAUGACAGCUCAGCGCAGCUCAGCACGCAUUGAGGGUCUGAAGGCAGCGACGGCGUAUGUUUUGCAGGUCCGAGCCAGGACGGUGGCUGGAUACGGUCGCUAUAGCAACCCAACCCACUUCAGCACCAACCACCAAGCGGACCCUGAGAAGUCUAUACAGGAACAGCUCCCUCUGAUUGUGGGUUCUGCGACAGCAGGUCUGGUCUUCAUCAUUGCCGUGGUUGCCAUUGCCAUCGUCUGCCUCAAGAAACAGAGGAACGGCUCUGAGUCUGAGUACACUGAGAAACUACAGCAAUACAAAUCCCCUAUAGUGACCUCCGGAGCGAAGAUGUACAUUGACCCCUUCACCUACGAGGACCCGAACGAGGCAGUGCGCGAGUUCGCGAAAGAAAUAGACGUUUCCUGUGUGAAGAUCGAGGAAGUCAUCGGCGCAGGGGAGUUUGGCGAAGUGUGUAGGGGUCGUCUGAAGCUCCAUGGGCGAAGGGAGAUAAUCGUGGCCAUUAAGACGCUAAAGGUGGGCUACACAGACCGCCAGAGACGGGACUUCCUGAGCGAGGCAAGCAUCAUGGGACAGUUCGACCAUCCAAAUAUCAUCCGGCUGGAGGGUGUGGUCACCAAGAGCCGGCCCGUCAUGAUCCUCACCGAGUUUAUGGAAAACGGAGCGCUUGACUCAUUUCUGCGGCUGAACGAUGGUCAGUUUACGGUGAUCCAGCUGGUGGGAAUGCUGCGCGGAAUUGCGAGUGGAAUGAAAUACCUGUGCGAUAUGAAUUACGUUCAUCGCGACCUUGCUGCCCGAAACAUCCUCGUCAACAGCAACCUGGUGUGUAAAGUGUCUGACUUUGGCCUAUCCCGCUUCCUGGAGGAUGACCCCAAUGACCCUACAUACACCAGCUCUCUGGGAGGGAAAAUUCCAAUUCGCUGGACGGCUCCGGAAGCGAUCGCAUACAGGAAGUUCACCUCAGCAAGCGACGUGUGGAGCUACGGGAUCGUCAUGUGGGAAGUGAUGUCAUAUGGCGAGCGGCCGUAUUGGGACAUGAGCAACCAAGACGUCAUUAAUGCAGUGGAACAGGAUUAUCGUUUGCCCCCACCCAUGGACUGUCCCACGGCUCUGCACCAGUUAAUGCUGGACUGCUGGGUCAAAGAGAGGAAUCUCCGGCCCAAAUUCUCCCAGAUCGUCAACACGCUCGACAAAUUAAUCCGCAACGCCGCCAGUCUCAAAGUGGUGGCCAACACACCAUGCGGAGCAUCUCAGCCUCUGCUGGACCGCAGUGUUCCUGAUUACUCCACUUUCACCACAGUGAGCGACUGGCUGGACGCCAUCAAAAUGAGCCGCUACAGAGAGAACUUCCUGAACGCUGGCUUUGCCUCCUUCGACCUUGUCGCCCAAAUGACAUCAGAGGAUCUGUUGAGGAUAGGUGUGACACUCGCUGGCCACCAGAAGAAAAUCCUCAGCAGCAUUCAGGACAUGAGACUGCAGAUGAACCAAACGCUACCUGUGCAGGUGUGAGACAGGAAAAAGGGGGCAGGGCUACAUCCAGAGCUUACCAGUGAGAGCACAGAAUCCCCUGGCUGCCUGACCAAUCAAAACAAAAAAACACAAAAAACAAAGGAAAAAAAAAAAACUCAGCUCAAGGUGCCUCAUAACUGUCCCUGUGUCUGAAACCCUGCCCUACUCCCUAUUCUCUUGACACGCCACGGUGCAUUAUGGGUAACCUGCCUUCCUGCCUUUGGACCCUCCGGACACUCACCUUUCACAGUACAUUGUGGGAUUUUUGAGCGCACAUGAUGAUGCCCUCAACAACAGGAAGAGGACUGCAGAGUGGCCUACUUCCCAAAUAAUGCCCUAUGUAGUGAAUAGGGUGUGAUUUCAGACGUACACGUUCUCUACUUUUACAAUUCUUUUAUAGUUUGUUUUUAUUUCGAAUAAAAAGACUCCAGUCUGCAUGUGGUUUUAAUUAGGUUUUUCUUUUGCUUUUUGCGAAACGGUCAGGUGGGACACGUCCCCUUUUUUCCGAGCCGUGUCACUUCUUUUGUGUGAUGGACACUAAAGAUGGAGAAGAAGAAGACAUAAAUGAACUUCACUCGCUCUGAACUCUGAACAGACAAAACCGGACGAGGAAAAAAAAAAACUUCCAUCCAUCUAGUGCUAUAUGACAUGUUUUAUUAUAUGUGUGCGUGUGCGUGUGUGUGCGUGUGUGUGCUCAUCUUCAUAUUGAAGGUGCUUUAUCGGGAGAGACAACACAUGCCCCAGAGGCCCCUUUUUUCCUACCUUUAAAUAAACCAUUUUAUGCCAUAUUUUAAUUUCACUUUCUGUUCUAAUGCAUUUUCUCUUUUGUUUAUUCUAUCAAUAUAAUAAUUCUAAUAAUUUCCCAGAAUGCAUUUCAGGCUAAACUAAGUUUAGGAAUAAAACACAGAUUCAACUUUUUAUUACAUUAUUUUCCAAAAUGGCUGCCAUCAGUGAGCAGUUCCAAUAAAACCAUACUCUGAGGCGUGGCCUUGUCUGUAACCCGUGUAUGUGUGUGAGAGAGAGAGUGUGUGUGUGUGUGUGUGUGUGUGUGUGUGUGUGUGUGUGUGUGUUAGUAACUAAAUAUGCACAUGAAUACUGUACAUUACUGCUUUAGCUCCACAGUUGGCGAAUAAAAACCCGCAUGUGAUGAAAAGCAAUUAUAUUUCAAUCAGCUGUAACCCGUGGACGAUUAAUAACAACGUUUCUUUUUCUCUCUUUUUUUAUUUGUAAAAGAAAUAGCAUUGUUUUUUAUUAUAAAUAUGAAUAUAUGCAUAUAUGUUCUAAAUAUGAUCUGUGCAUAUGCAUUAUGGAUAUGAUGAGAUAUGCAUAUUAGAUGAUUCUAAUAUUAUACACAUUCUAGAGACUGGUAGUAAAAGUCCCCUUUUGGUUUUCCCUUGCGUCUUUCAUGGAACUUCCACCCGCUUCACCAGCUUUGAACCUCACGCUAUUUAUUUCCUUUAGUUGUUUUUUUCCGAAAUCAUCGCUCGCAGACGAAGGAUGGAUCACCCACAUAAAAAAAGGAGAACUCGGACCCUCAUAAUGAUCUUAUACUCAUUUAGAAAUCCAACCCUGUAAUGUUGUUGUUCUAAACAGCCUGUUCAUGUUUUGUAACAGAAAAAAACAUUAAGAUAAAAGAAAGAACCUGAAAUUAAA